AUGACCAAAAGCAAAAAGAAAACACGUGAAUCAAACAGCGCCAAGGAAGCCGCCCAGGCCACCAAUGACCGUCUGGACACUUGUAAUGAUGCCUAUACAAGCGGCGCCUUCAAGUACCUGCGACUCCUUGUGCACGUGCUAUCAGCGGCACAGUUCUCGUAUGGAAUUUAUUUUCACUAUUUCCGUGUGCACUGGCCCAAGGAUCUGGAGGAGGAGGAGCUCAAGGCACGCUGGGGCGGCAAAUUCAAGUAUCUAACAUUCCUGGACGUCAUAUUGCAGGCCAUAUACCAUAGCUUGGCCUUGCUGAACGAUCUUUUCGGCGACAACACGGUCCACGUGGCGUCAAAGUCCAAGCUGCGAUCUGUGCGCGACUAUAUUUUUUCGGCACUGGCCUUUCCCGUCGCCCAUAAUGUUUGCAUCUCAUUCUGGGUCAUUUAUAUAUGGGAUCGUGAGCUCAUCUUUCCCUCGGCACUGGACGCCAUAUUUCCGAGCUGGCUGAACCAUGUGGUGCAUACGAAUGUGGCUCUGCUGGCGGUAAUGGAUAUGUUUACGUGCUUCCGGAAAUACCCCAGCCGCCUGGCCGGCGUCACGGGCAACAUUUCCUUUAUCCUACUGUACAUUAUUUGGCUGCACAUAGUUCGUUACUUCAGCGGCGAGUGGGUCUAUCCCAUUUUGGAGGUGUUACCUCUGGCGUUCCGCUACCUGUUUCUGGGCCUUUUGGUGGGCUUCAAUCUCGUUUGUUACUUGCUGGGCGAGUUCUGCAACAGCAUUGUCUGGGCACAAGAGCUGAAGCUGCUGCAACAGCAGCAGAAGAUCAAACAGGGAUAGGAUUAAGGAUUUAAAAUCGUUUUAUUAGUCACACAAAAAACAUAUGAGAUAUUUUGUAAACGUUGUAAAGGCACUUUCUGUAAUACCA